GGCGGCCAUUGUAAAAUUACAGUGAUAUCGAAGCAAGGUCUCCGGUGACUGAAUGAUGUUCUGCAACAAGCACAGGUUAUCUUUGAGUAAUGAUUAAAGAAUUGAUAUAAACUACAUCGUUUAUUCAAUCAUAUAAAUAAUAUGUUUUUAAUAAAACGAGAAAACAAAAACAACUUAGAAUCUCAUAACAUACGGAUUUCGGAUCUUAAUGCAUCACCAAGUUAUAUUAUGUCAGAGCCAAGGAAAGCCAUACACUUACCGAAAGUGAGGAUGCUCAGUCGAGGGGGUAGGUCAGCAAUCAGGAUUACAAAUGUGAAGUCAAUAAAACCACCAAAUCCAGAACUCGUGAAGAAACAGGAGGAAGAAAGGUUGAGGGCUGAGUUGCAAAAGGAGAUUGCCUCGCGGCACCGCACCUGCGGGCACCGCCUCUACGAGUGCCCUCUGCCCGUGGUCACCGGCCGCGCGUACUGUGCCCGCCACAUAUUGGACGACAGUACCGCGCCGUACAAGCAGUGCAGCCAUGCGACUGCGGCGGGUAAACGGUGCCCCUUGCCCGCUUUAUGCUUCGAGCACGCACACGCAGCGUUACAAAACAGACAACGCAGCGCGGCACCGCCUCCACCAGUUAUAAGUACUGAGACAUUGUUAAAUCAAUUGCAGCAUUAUAUACGGCCGGAACGUACCCGCACGACGUCUUGUGCGUCAUCCGUGUCGGUAGUGAGCGAUCCAGCUGACCACGAACCGAUUACGCACGCCGUCGAUCCGUUUAAGGAAAUCGAAUCGACCGCCGUGAACGCGUCGGUGUGCCGCAGCGUCAUGGAGUGCGCGGCGGCCAGCGACAGCGACGGCGACAGCGUGGAGGUCGCCGACGUGGAUAUCCUCGACCUGGACGAGAACGAGCCGGCGCCGUGCGAGGAGAGACCGCUCUGGCGUGCCGGCGUGUUCACGGCCGAGGAAGCAGUGCGCGAAGCGAGGGACGUGCUGAAGGCCUUGCAGACUGCGUAUAUAGGUCAGAUGGGGCGGCUAAGGGUGUGCCUGCAGAUGGCGAGGGCCCAGUAUGUCAAGGGGCUGCGGGCUGAGAAGGAGUUGUACUGCAGCAUAAACACGCAGGCCCGCAGCGGGCCGCCGACGGCGCGCGAGCGGCGGCAGCUGCGCAAGCUGAAGGCCUUCGCCGGGUACCACAAGAGGCACGGGGUGGACGCCGUGCUGGCGAGGAAACUGCAUAAGAAGCGGGCUAAAGUGAACGAAAUACCAUCGAAUCGAGGUAACCCGUCGCAGGGGCGCUGCACGUUCACGGAGGGCGGAGUUCGAUGCUCGACGCACACGCUACCCGCCGCUAAACACUGUUUGCGGCACAUACUGCACGAUAGGCAACAGGUGCUCUUCAAGCAAUGUGGCGACCCCCGUGGCGGCGUGCCCUGCAGGGAGCCAGUGGCCAAGCUGCCGUUGCCUUCGACCACUUGCCGAUACCACACUGGACCGCCGGCUUAUACUACGUUUACAUUGAAGAAGGACGAAUCUAGCUGCGAUGAAGACUCCCACUCAUCAUCAGACUCUGACGCGGAUGAAAUGUCUCCGGAGAAGGUGGAACCGACCAUCAUGCAGGAGGUCGCGGCGUAUGAAUGACAAAUGGACUAUCCAUAUGAUGUAUGGAACUUGUGAUAUUGACUGAUGUGAUGUGAAAAAUUGUGUAAAACAGUGAAUAUUAGUGAAUUGAAUGAAAAUUUAAUGUGUGAGACAAAAGAAGCAUGCAUUUAGAAUAGUGGGUAAGCUCAGUUGUAGUAUGCUAAUAUUAAAUUAAUUAAUUAAUUAGGAAUCGCCUUUUAAAGACCUAUUGUAUUUAAACAUUUAAUGCUCUUAAUAUAUAUAGGCCAUAUUCUGGGUGUGUUUCUUAACGUAACAUCUGUCAGUAGAUUUAGUAAUUUUCUUUUUUGAGACCUGAGGCAUGAAGUUCACACAAACACUAGGUGUUUAUGAUGUUUUAUAAAUAUUGUUUAUUGAUAGUAGUAGUAAGAUCAUUUUUACUAACUUUACAAAGCGUAGCCCUUAAAACCUUAAAACGGGAAUGUUUUUCUACAUAUAAAACAAAUUUUUGGUAUCAAACAUAACAACAAAUCAAAUUUACAAGCUAAAAAACACUUCCCGCUAUCAUUUAUUAGCCCAACUUAUUCAUAAUGUUAUUUCUAGAAUGUGAGUGUGUUGUUGAUAGAAAUGUUUAAAAGAUGUGUGUUCUGAAUUAAUAAUCUUAAUUUAUUUUUGGUUGGAAUUCAGAACACUUGUUAGUAUAUACUUAAUGAUCAAUCUAAGAAAUUCAUCAUCUGAAAAAGCAGAAUGUACAUGGAGCUUAGUGAUAUUCCAUUUUAACUCAGUCUGUCUGAAUUGAUAAUGUUAAUUCAGAUUAUGAAUCCAGAGCGCCAUCUGGAAAUAUGAGGCUUAAACAAUAUUAAAAUUAUAACAACUUAAUGUAAGAUUUGUAAAUGAGUUAAAUUUGUUAAAUAUCUGACACAGCUCCAAAACUUAAGAUCUAAGAUCCCAUGUAAGGUUAAACUCUACCCGUCUAGUUAUUGAAUGAAUUUCUUAUAAUAGCAUUAACUUUUUUUCCUCUGAAAAUUUAUCAAUGGGGUACCAAAGGCAAAAAAUUAAUAUGAAUGUAAUAAUAUUUUUUAUUAAUUUCUAUGAGAAUGUAAUAAGUUUUAUUGUAUUAAAUUUUUGUACCAACAGAGGUGAGACAAAUUGUCCCAUCUCAGCAAUCGAAUUGAAACUCUUUUUUUAAUUUUUUGUGUGUAUAAGAGACAUCCCUAUGCAGAAACAUUUUUCGAGUGUAGUAUUUUCUGUUCUACUGUAAUUAUAAUGGUUUAGUUCCACAAAGGUUUUUGACUAUGGAGGGUUACUAUUGUGUGGAUUAAUACUUCAGUCUUCAGUUACAUAGUGCUUUAAUACUUCAGUCUUAAAGCAGUACUAAUUCUAGUGUUUAAAGUGUGUCUAGUGUUAAAAUUUGAUGUCCUAGAUGUCCUUUAUGGUAGCUUUGUCCUUUUCCCACACUGGAAUUAGUAUUGCUGUAAAAUGUCAUGGUAACUCACCAUUUCCUCUUCUAAUCUGGGGCAGGUAAAAAAAAAUUAUACAGAUAGUCUCAUACUUUAAGUAAUGAGUAAAGUAUAUAUUGUGAAAAUGUGAGUAAAGAAUAGUUUUAUUUAAGAGAAUAUUACUGUAAAUGUUAAAUGGCUUUUGCACAAAUCAAUUUAUGUAAUUUAUUUGCCAUUUGCUUACCAAAGUAUUGUUGUGUAAUGUUAAAUAAAUGAUCUGAAAUAUUAA